AUGGAGGAACACCUCGACCAGCUCAUGGACGAGGACCGCUCGACGACCGGUCUGUGGUCACUCCGUGUUCUCAUGAUCUUGACCCCGUGCCCCGCCGCUGUUACACGUCAGUUUCGUGUUCUGGUAGCUUUUGCAGAUCAGCAUGCUGCUCUGGUUACAGUUGCUCUGUCCAGCUUGCACGCUUGCUUUCGUCUGCUCCGCUGCCGUUUUGGCUUAGAUCUUUGGCCUUGGGCCUUUCUUUUCGUGCUCCCUGCCUUCUUGACCUUGACCUCCGGUCCGGUCAUGGCCCGCCACUCCCCCUCGGACAGCCGGUCCCCGUCUGGCCCACCUGCACCGUCCGGUCCGGUGGUCACCAACAACCCCGGCCCCUCCGUCCGGGAGAUCUUGGACGUGCUCGAGGCUGCCAACCGGGAUGACUUUGAGACAGGUCUGGGGCAACUCAAUGCGUCCACCUUAGGGCAGCUGCAGCACAGCGUGUCCGGUGUUUUGGUGGACUUCCUAGCGGCCCG